AUGCAUAGGUCUCCGGCAGCCCAAAACUCUCGCUACGUUGACCAAGGAACAGAAAAUGCAGACUCGUGCAAGUCUCUCAGCGAACCUCAGCGGCAGAGUACUAAACCCAGUGCCUUACCUAAGCACUACAAGCUGCAAAAUUCUCAUCACAGAGGCUUACCCAAAACUCAAACACAAGCUCAAAGAAGAGAGAAUGGUAGAAAACCGCCCAGUUUCUUUAUCAAACGCCGUAAGCAGCACGCUGCAGCAGGGCCAACUCCUCCCAAUGAUGCGGAUAAUACCAAGGUGUCGAAGAAGUCUGUUCAAGGGAAGUGGGAUAGGUUCUGUCUUGAUGAGUUACGAGAGGAUCCUGAAGCAGUGAUGCAGAACUUAGGACCGGCUGAGAUCAAGACAUUCUUUGACUGGAUUGGAAAAAACUUCAGAGGUUCUGUGAAAGCGGAUUCCUCCUUUAGUAACUACUGGAGGGUUUUAAAAGGUUUAUAUUACGAAAAGACUUUCAAAACACUGGAUGAAGCUACAAUCAAGGACUUACAGGAGAGAAGUCUUCAAGAGAAUGGGCCUCCGAAGGCUACCAAAACCAAAGCCGGAACAGAAGAAGGUUCAGAUUGUGGGAAAAGCGAGCCUCUGACUGAAGACCAUUCAAUCGAUGAUGCGGCCUCCAAAUUCGACAAUUAUGACACCCUGGCGGAACGUGAUCCGCAUGUUCUUCAUGAGGAGGCAGUGAUUGCAGCCCAUAGAGUGGUUGAGUGGGAGCGUACUAACUCCAGUGCCAAUUGGGAAGACAUAAAGUUGAGUGAAGUCGACACAAUGUGUGACACACUCUGCGACGAUGUUGACAUGGAUGUCGAUUACGAAUCUGAUAUAUCAAGUGUCACUGAUGAUGGUUAUCUUGGUGGCGAUGACGAAACUAGGACUAUUCUCUGGAGACAUAUCAGUUUUCGCAUUGUGCGCAAUCCACAGCAGGGGAUGCCUAACCUCCUCAUCGCGAUAGUUUCCCUUGUUAAUACCAAGGGCCAGGAUAGGAAACCAAGAGUCAAGCGGUUUGUGAUUCAACAUGAAGAUAAUCCUUUAUUCGACCUAUUAGGCCAAUUGGUAGCGAUGGCCUUUCAUGACGAAGUUUUUGUCGCCGAGUUCAAAGAUAUAGAAGAAAGUCUAUUUGCAGAACAUUCCCAGCCACAGAAGGGGCCUAGAACUAAAAAUCAAACCGGUCAGAUUGCGGAUACCGAAGCCGCAAAGUAUCCCGUUCUGUAUCUAGAGCUGCCUGAAGCCCCUGUGAACCCACCGAAAAUCACAACACCUGCAAAAGACCCACCUGUAAAUGACCCACCUGUAGUUGCCAAAGGAUAUUUUGCAAAGAUGUGGGGAUUCGAUCCAACGAUUUCUACUACCAGGGAAGCCAACUUCGCAGAGGGCUUCUCAGCAAGCGGGAAUCAGAUCAUGCGGUAUAAAGCUUUCUUUACUCCGAGCGAGAAGAAACAGAAAGAAGGUAAAAAACCAACGUACCAGGUCCUGACCUUUCAAGAACCGAAAGAUGGCAUGCCUGCACAGUGGAGACUUGAAUCGGGAAGUGAUGUUGGGGAAGAUGCUGUGGAAGCAUACGUGAAGAAUUCAAAUGCAUUGAAAAUGAAUGAAUACUAUGGUGAGAAAGUCAUGCAGAUUAAAUAUUCCAAGGAAUUCUUUGCAAAAUACCAUACGGAGUUCCUGUAUGCUCUUCGAAAGUCUGACCGGACCAAGAGUGGCAGAACCAUGCCUCCUGAAUAUUGCAUCCUGGGGUUCAACUACAACGGGAAGCAAUGGUGGGAUCUGUUCUCUCGGUCAGCCUAUGGCAAUUUUUGGGGCCAUAAAAGAGCAGGUAUUCGUAUUGACCAGUGGUGGACCGAACGUGGAGAGGAACCAUCCUAUCGACUAGAACUAGAGGGUGGUCCGAAGAGCUCAAGCGUCCCAAUGAGCGGAUAUUGUCGACAAAUAAGCUGCGCUCCGACUUACGAAAAGAGAUUCUAA